GCGCUAUGUAAGUCUAACAGUCGACAGUAAAAUGUAAAUUUGCCGAAGCCGCAGGUUUUGCAGCUCUUAACACAACGAAUGUCUCCUUUGUUCUGAGUAUGUGAACGAACCAUCUUACCCAGCCGCCAUGAGACGAGCCAAGAUUCGUCCGAGUAUUAACCUCUCUGCUGCCUCUCGUCGGAGUGUCCCAACCCCGGCAGCUAAGGCCAAAGAUCCCUCCCCUUCAACGCCCAAGGGGGCCGGACCCAAGCCAGGACUCCGAUCAGCAUCCAAACCGACAACACCUCAACCUUCUGAAUCUCAGCCCGUCAUCAACAAAGAUGUUCCCAAGGGUAGCCACGCCCAGCAACACCAAGAAAACCAGCUGAAGAAGCAGCAAGAGGAGAGUGAUCAAGUUAAACAGGUGCAGUCAGUGAAAGAACAAGAGCUGCAGAAACGACAUGAUCAGGAAGAACAGCACCAACAAGAUGAGAGACUUCCUCCAGAUUCGACACCAUCGGUGGAUCUUUCACCAAGCACACCGAUUCAACCCGUCCCGGUCCCCCCAGCUAAACCCCAACCCGCCUCCCCAUCCAAGCCUGCCCCGGAAUCCCCAACCAAGACUUCAUCCACGGUGCGUCGCAAGCGCAUCAUGGCAAUCCCCAACCUUGGCCAGCCACGCGUGCGCACCGGCCCGAGCCAGCCUGGCAAAGCCUUAGCCAGGGCCGCCAAGGCAACGACCCCGGAGAAAGAGGUUGAGGUGGAGAGGGGAGGGGCCAGAGGGAAAGUGGGCGGGGUAGACGGAGUCAGGCAGGAGGCUGGGGAGGGUGAGAUGGGACCUCCGUUGCAACCGCCACCGAUUCAGAGACUUACCGCCGCAUCGGCUCCAAGCACUCAAACACCCAACAAGGCGCCCAACAGAGCGACCCCAACUCACCACGACGCCCCUUCGCAGCCCCAAACUGUCCCCCCCAAAACCAACAGCACCCCUACCGCCAUGACCACGCCCCGCAGACCCUCCCUGGCACGAUCUGACAGCACCACCGACAAGCAUCCUCAAGGCUCCGAGAACGUCUACGAGAAGAGGCUUCGGGAGUUGAAGGACCGAAUGAAAUCAGAGACUCCAUCCAGACGAAGACGCCAUUACGUCAAGGAGAAGGUACAGCCCCCGGAGCGAAGCAAGAUGACAAUGAGUGACCUCAUCUACUUCAACCCCAAGACGAGCCCCAUGAAGAAUACCGCAGUGAGUAAAGAGAAGAAGUUUCCUCGGACCAUUAUGACUGAGCAUGUUGUCAGCGCUAACAACUCCGUCAAUAACAGCGCUCAUAACUCUGAGAAUGAGGACGAUGAGGAGGAGAAGGAGGACGACGUUGACCCCUUUGCACCUCAGGUCAAGAUUGGUCCGGACGGAUCCAUCAUACUGGAUAACACGAGUCUUGUGAAGGAUGCCUCUCCAGCCAAGACCCUUCAUUUAUCGGACGAUGAUGUCAUCCAAGAGGAUUCCUCGAACACGACCUAUGCCAGCUUCCGAAAUAGGACAUACACUAGAGCGUGGAAUGAAAAGGACACUGCCAAGUUUUACAGAGCUCUUAGCGCCGUCGGCACUGACUUCUCGAUGAUCAAUGCCAUGUUCCCAAAGCGGACCAGACAACAGAUCAAGAACAAGUUCAAGAGAGAGGAACGUCACAACCGUCACUUACUCGACAAAGCCAUCAGAGAAAGACAACACUUUGACAUGUCGCUGUUCAACAAGGAACCAAGUUCCGACUCGGAACUGGAGAAUCGCGUAAAAAAGAAGAAGAGCAAAGAGAAAGGAGGGAGUAAACCCACCGCCAAGGGUAAACGCAAGGAAAGAGGCAAGCGCAAAGGAAAGGCUAAACGUAGCAUGGAUAAAGAUGACAACACCGACAAGGACUCUGAUGUGGAAUCCAUUGACGUCGAGGUUGGCGCCAAAGAUGCCGGGGAAGAUGGUUCGAAAGAUGCUGCUGCUGAAGAAGCAGAGGGAGGAACAGCCGAAGACGGAGCAGCCAGGCAGAGCGGCGGGAGCGAGGAUGAGAUCGACAUGGAGACGAUACUCAGCCAACCCACGCGGUCCGGUCGACAACCGAAAAUGAAGGUGAACUUCUCGGCCAAGGAACCCGAGAAGCGACGCCGGGGCAGUUACCGCAAGAGCUCAACCGAAGACCAGGACUAUGCCUCCAGGAGGAUGGAGAGAUUGAACCGCGAGCGGGAAAUAGUCCUCGCCAGGAAAGAAGCUGCCAGGAGAAACUUCCCACCUUACACACCAGGAGGGCUCUUACCAUCACCAUCCUCAUACCCCUGGAAUCCCUCCACCAGAGAUGCAUCACCAGCAGGAGUGAGACAAGUGAACAGCUCACCUUAUAAUGCAGGAUGCAGCAGAGCUAGUCCAUCACCAGGGAGUAGGGGUAUCAGUACCAUUACCACACCCAUGGGACGGUUUAUUGUCUCCGUCCCCCAGCAACCGCCGUCUCCUAGACCUGUCGGUUCCCCGUCUCCAGAGGUUGCACCUUCACCUGGUGGGACAGCCAAGAAAGCCCAGCGGACCCAUAUCUUCGUCAUCUCCUCCCCGGAUGGUACCCAGAGUGUCAUCCAUGUGCCCCUCAAACCUGACCCUGCCUCACAAGACGCCAGUCAACCUCAGAGUCCAACACCAUCCCAGAAUCCCCCGACAUCCGGUCCAACGUUCCGCAAUCCCAUGACCACCCCUCAGAUCGUAGUCAGGACCUUGAGGCAGAAUCCGCAGCAGACUCCUACGGUGAUGCGGCAAGUGGUUUUGCCAUCAGCUCAGGGACAUGUCACCCAAUCGCCCACAAACCAAAGCGGAGACCAGACGCCGAACGCUGCCAUGUUGGGCAGCCCUCUGGAUUAUGUAACCGCACAAAAUCAGCGAGUGAUGUUUGAAAGGUCUCCCCAGCAACAUUAUCACAUUGGAAAACGUGGGAGUACGGAACCACUGACUCUGCAGUCACCUGGGACCAACAAAGUGAUUGUUGUAGCACCUCAUGCAAACCUGCAAAGUACAAGCUCUGCGACUCCUAAUAUACUUACCUCUUAUUCUGAAAACCUGGAGAAUUCGGAAUCACAUGAACCCUGCAUUAGCCCGAGGGUCGUCGCUCAACAUCAACACCACUCCGCUGAAGAAACAGUGUAUCACCACGAGCACAAUCUAACCCCGGAAUCCAACCAGAAAGUCAGUCACACGACCAGCGACAUGGACACGGAUUGGCUGUUGCGCGACGAAACAGUCGGCCACGAAGUGGACAUCCCGACGAGCGACUUUGUGGAGGAAGAGGCUUUCAUCCCACCCUCCGCCAACGUUGGCCACUCACCCCUCAUGAGAAAUGGAGCAGACCAAGAGGUCAUGGGUCACGUCACGGAUGAGCAUCUGACUGCGCAGGACAUCUUUGACCAGAUGACUUACGAGGCGGGGGUGGACGGGGAUGUGGGAGCCAACAUGGAGGUUGCUUUAAAGGAGGAGAUUAUCACGCAGAUUGCAUCUGAAAUGGAAGUUGAAUGAAUAUGGAUCGGGAUCCAGUUCCAUCCAGCUGCUAAGCAGGAGAACAAAAAA